AUGUUGGUCGCGUGUCGACCGGGAGGUGGUUUUCCUCCGCCCUCUAACUGUAUCCGCCAGCCCGCCCGCCCGCCCGCCCGCCAGCCUGCGGUGGGUACGCCCAGCGGGGGGUGGGGCUGGGUUGGGGUUGGGGGUAAGCCAAAAGGGGGGCUCCCUUCUUAUUUAUCGCGGAGUUUAGCACCGGCCCAGCGGCAGAAGAACAAGACGUUGGAGGAGGUGGGGGCUUAUUCAUCGCUAGAGACGCUUGGAGAGGCGACGAAGGGAUCUGGAUCGGUGGUGGAGGAGUGGCAUUUGGCCCUUUGGCCCCGUGCAUGCGAGUUUUAUUUGGCGUUUCUCGGCGCCAUUUAUAAGCGAAAUUGCGCCCAGAGCAAGGUGGAGGAGGAGGAGGAGCAGCAGCAGCAGCAGCAGCACCAGCUGAGGACUGGGACCGACCGCGGAGCAGCAGCGUGCAGACGAGCGUCGCUCGGCGGGGACGCCCACGCCCUCCACCACGACCCUUUGCGCUGCCGCUCCUUCACACUGACUCACCCCAGACCACGAAGAAGAUCCUUCGGCGGUGCCACGAGUUCAAUUUGA